CGGUAGUUAGCUCCAGCAAUUUCACAAUGGGCAAUGUAGCAAGUCGUCUUGAUGAUACCGGGGACUUGUACUUCAAAGAUCAGACAAGGUUUACAAUCGCUUCCGUGACAGUAACCAACUCUCGACGGCGCGUGCUAUUAAAUCUGGUCCCAAACUCAUUUCCCGCUACAAGAUAUGCUGCCAAGCGUGAUACUGGCGACGAAAAUCCAAUAGAAUAUAUACAGGAUCCCGACCUCUCCCCGUCUGCUCCAGUACCUACGUUCCUCUUGCGCUUGAACAACGAAGACGAGUUGAAUUUCCACUUCAACUUCAUACUGCGACAAACACAAACUGGAACUUUUGCCAAUUCGACCGUUAAUGGUGUCUCAACUUCUUUACCCGAAGUGGCUGACACUAUACUUACGGGCCUCACGUUCGCACAUGCGCCAAAUUCCCGGGACUUGGACAAUCUGAUCACUAGAGAAUUUCAUGCCAACCCUAAUCUACAGAACAAUUCCAAUGUACAGUUGGUAGGAGACUACUCCACUGCGGGCAGCCCGUCAAUUCAAUUCGACUGGUCGUGGAAAUGGAAGCCUCCCAAAGUAGUGGAAGAUAGAGGUGGUGGUUGGAGAAACAGCUGCAGCUUCUUGGAUUACGAUCAAAGAGCUAAUCGGUUGAAUACACUUGCCCACUUUUCAUUCUGGGUACAGAACACUGUACGCUCGCUCCCAAGCCCACAGGUUUCGUCGCCAAACCUGGAAAUUAACGUCCCUUUUCGCAAUCGCAUUCCGUCCUCGCAAUCAAUUCUUUCCCAUUCUAGCGAUGCGGACGCAGCCUCUAAUACCCAGGUUAUUCCCGGAACACCCCCAGAAGCCGGCGACACAGCCGCCCCACCAACCCAUACCGCUGUACCUCCUGUCAAGGUUGACCUACCUCAUUCGCGUCCGGGCGACGACAUGAGCGUGGUUGAAGAUGGUCCGCUGUUUCGGGCCACAAUGAAAGCUCUGGAACAAAAGACAGGAAACAUGCGUGCCAAGAUUAAAAAGGUCCUCAAGAAGGCAGAGGCAGCCCAGCAAGCGCAGACGGCAUGUAAUGACGCCGUAGAAGGAUUUCUCUCUGCGCUAAAUGAAGCCUCAACUUCUAACGCAAACGCAAUACAACCUGCCCUUGAUCAUUACUUUGAGAACACGGCGCGGCAAAUACUAAAUUAUGAACGGCUGAACACUAUCCAGCUCCAAAAACUUGUCAUUGAACCACUGAUAAAACUCUAUAACAAUGACAUUAAACAAGCUGAGGCUAAGAAAAAGGAGUUCGAGGAAGAGAGCAGAGACUAUUACGCUUAUGUUAGCCGCUACCUCGGUCAACGCCAGGAUUCUUUAAAGGAAAAGAAGCGCGUGGAAAGUGACUCCAAAUAUCAGGCAAAACGACGCAAUUUCGAGCUGAAGCGCUUCGAUUACUCAUCCUUCAUGCAAGAUCUCCAUGGCGGCCGUAAAGAGCAAGAGGUUCUUUCUCAUCUCACCAAAUAUGCGGAUACCCAAGCCAAGAGCUUUCUUGCAGCUGCCAAAAAAGUUGAUAACAUGGUCCCCCAACUUGAUGCUCUGAUCCAUGAGGUCAACCAAGCCGACAAAGAAUUUCAAUUUCAGAGAACGGAGAGGGAAGAAAAGCGAAGAGCGUUGGAAAAGAGCAGUAACAUAUUUAUUGAACCCGAUUCUGUGAUCCAAGCAGGGCCGUCGUCCGCUCUUCCCGGGAAUGGUGGUGGUAACUUGAAGUCAGAGAGAGAGACAGAGCUAGGGCGUGCAGAUAGCACAGGAUCUCAAUUGCGAGGCGUUAUCAGCAAUAGUAGCUCAAUCUUGCCGCAAGCCAGCUCUGCUAACCCUUCAGCUGGGCCCUCAAUGCUUGUUUCAACCAUGGGUUCCACUGGCCAGCAACGAAAGGAAGGCCUGCUCUGGGCAUUAUCACGGCCGGGGUCACAUAUUGAUCCCAAGGGUAUUAACAAGCAGGCUUGGCAUAAGUUUUGGAUUGUGUUGGAUCAGGGGAAGCUUUCAGAGUAUAGUAACUGGAAACAGAAGCUUGACUUGCAUAUGGAUCCAAUCGACCUCCGGAUGGCUUCAGUGCGAGAGGCUCGGAACGCGGAACGCCGCUUUUGCUUUGAGGUCAUCACACCGCAGUACAAGCGUAUCUAUCAAGCAACUUCGGAAGAAGACAUGGCCAACUGGAUCCGAGCCAUUAAUAAUGCUUUGCAGAGUGCUGUCGAGGGUCGCGGCAUGUCCCCGCCUCCAGUUUCAUCUGACAAUGAUAGUACAUCUAUUGGUCGCGAUAUUGGCUCUGUGCUAACUGGAAAGAGCUCUUCGUAUUCUGGUCAACACUCCUAUUCGACGGCGUCUAAUAACAGUGUUACCCGUCGUACCACAGUAGGUGCAAGGCCGAGCUAUGUCCGCGGCGACGGCCAUGGUUUUGAAGAGAAUCCCUCUAAGCUACUCCAAACUAUUCGGGAUGCGGACCAAGGCAACAACUGGUGCGCGGACUGUGGGUCUACAUCCAAGGUCGAAUGGGUCUCUAUCAAUCUGGGGAUUGUACUUUGCAUUGAGUGCAGUGGAAUCCACCGAUCGCUUGGAACGCAUAUUUCCAAAAUUCGCUCGCUCACACUGGACGUCAACUCUUUCUCGAAUGAUAUUGUUGAAAUUCUUUUACAAAUCGGUAACCGUGUCAGCAACAUGGUGUGGGAGGCGACACUUGAUCAAGCUCUGAAACCAACAGCAAUGUCGACCCGUGACCAAAGACUGAAGUUCAUUACCGCAAAAUACAGCGAACGAGCGUACGUCCAACAACUACCUUCCCCGUUGUCACGGUUCGCGACUUCAGAUGAAACACUACUUGCUGCAAUCAAAAAGAACGACAUCCAGGGCGUCCUCUACGGCAUUGCACUUCGUGCCAAUGUAAACGUUACUGAUCGCUCUCGUGACACUCAUGCGGUCUUCCUCGCUCUUGCCGCAGCAGAUCCCGCAUCUCCUGGUUCGACUUCUAGUGUAUCAGCUAGGCCUCCUGGAACCCCUCCUGUCAAAGCCAUUCCCUUUCCGAUUGCGGAACUUCUCGUCCAAAAUGGAGCCGAAAUUCCUUUGCAACCCCCGCCGAUUCCUCUCUCAUCGUCAGCUCAGCUGUAUUUAAGCCAGAGAACUGCAAGAGUGUCCGCCUUCGGGACACCCCCUACUGCUCUCCCGGCGCCCGGGAGAGCUGCAGCCGAAUCGUUUGGCUCGCUGCCCGCAAUUCGCGGUACAGGUAACGAUACCAACGCCCUGCCGUCGCAGGCACCGAGCUCCUUAGAUAGCAAGGAGCGUGAGAAAUUGCACAAAAGGGGCAGCGCCGGCGCCAGAUUCGCUGGUAAGGUAGCCUCGUUAGGGAUUGAUCGCUAGCGAGUGGAUUAUGGUCGGACUGGUCUUGUUUUCCCGUUCAUAUCUACUCCUGGUUCUAGGCGUUUGAGUGGGUUCCUUCUUAAUUUAUAAUUAUAACGAAGCUCAACCAGAUAUGAUAUGAUGUUGAGACUCGAGUUUGAGUCUCUACAGUCGGCGUAUCUGUCAGGAGAACAUCUUGCUUUUGCCGACGUUGAGUAUGCUCAUGCUUACUUCUCAUUUCACUUAUCAUCUUGUAUUCAUUGUCAAUAUCAUUCCUAUCUAUUGUGUGCGCAUGUCUAUGUCUUAAUUCG